AUGGUCUGCCAAGGCACCGUUGACUGUCUCGCUCAUGCUUACGUGGUCACCGCUUUAUCAUUGUUCGUUGGCCUGGUGUACAUGAGAAUUUUCCUAAAAGAGAGGUUACACGAUGAUGAUGAAGAUGACUAUGAUGGUGGUGGUGAUGAAAGGAUGUUAGCAGAGCCAAUUCUAAAAAAUGCACCAACUAAGACACAUGUCUUCCACAAUAAGUAUUCUUCUUUGAAAGAUAUGCUCGCCUUGAUGAAGAAUAGCACCAUACUCGUUCAAGCAUUGGUCGUUACAUUUUUUGUUACCUUCUCACAAAGUGGAAUGGAGUCAGCUUUCUUGUAUUUUUUGAAAGCCCGUUUUGGGUUUAAGAAAAAUGACUUUGCUCAACUCUCCCUAUUGGUUUGGAUCAUUGGCUCCAUAUCCCAGCUGUUUUUAUUGCGGAUAUUGGUUUCUGCCAUUGGAGAACGUAGGGUUUUAUCAACAGGACUUCUUAUGGAUUUCUUCAACGCAUUAAUUCUCAGUGUUUCAUGGUCACCAUGGGUUCCUUAUGCCGCCACAGCCCUUGUACCCGGAGUGAUGUUUGUAAUGCCAUCUUUCACUUAA